GGGCAGCCCUUUGUGGUCAGUCCUCCUGGCGGCGGCAACAAAGGCCUUCAGAGGCUCCGGAAGAGUGAGGCGGGCAGACCACAAGCGAAUCUGGGGAGGGGUUGCCAGCCCACUCAGUUAACCUCUCCUGAAGAAUUCUUCCUGCCAGUGGAGUGAGUGGGUGGUGACAAUCCAUCCUAGACUCCCCUCUUCCCCAGCAAAAACAAGACUUAUUGUGGAUCCAGAAGAAGUGGGUUUCCAAUUCACCAAAGAGGAAAGUGUCCUGCUUGAUACAGGAAAGAGAGCUCUUCACUAGGAUGUUUGAUGCAAUGAUAAGCUGUGUGGGUAAGGAUCCCAAUUAGAUCACUAGAAGGGUAUUAAUGGGCUUACUCUGGACAUAACAACAUAAGAUCUUGCUGGAUCAGGCGAAAGGUCCAUGAUUCUGUUCUCACAGUGGCCAACCAGAUGCCCAAGGGAAGCUCACAAGCAGGACAUUCAAGGGGGAUACUCAUCACCUAAAGAAAACAAGAAUGUCUUCUGAGCGCAGUAAAAUCUGGCAAAAAGCACAUUGCAGAAGAUGUAUGAAAAAGAAUCCAUAUAAAUGCUUAGAAUGUGGAAAGAGCUUCAGUCAUAGUAGCUCCCUUACCGUGCAUCGAAGAACUCAUUCAGGCGAGAAACCUUAUAAAUGCUUGGAAUGUGGAAAGAGUUUCAGUCACAGUAACACCCUUACUGUGCAUCAAAGAACUCAUACAGGGGACAAACCUUAUAAAUGCUUGGAGUGCGGAAAGAGCUUCAGUCAGCAUUGCCACCUAUCUACACAUCAAAGAACUCAUACAGGGGUCCGUCCUUAUAAAUGCUUGGAGUGUGGAAAGAGCUUCAGUGAGAGUGGCACCCUUACUACACAUCAAAGGACUCAUACAGGGGACAAACCUUAUAAAUGCUUGGAGUGUGGAAAGAGUUUCAGUCGUCGUUACCACCUCACUUCACAUCAAAAAACUCAUACUGGGAACAAACCUUAUAAAUGCUUGGAGUGUGGAAAGAGCUUCAGUCACAGUCACAAUCUUUCUUCUCAUCAAAGAACUCAUUCAGGGGACAAACCUUAUAAAUGCUUGGAGUGUGGAAAGAGCUGCCGUACAAGUAGUGCCCUUAGUACACAUCAAAGAAGUCAUACAGGAGUCAAACCUUAUAAAUGCUUGGAGUGUGGAAAGAGCUUUAGUCAGAAUGGCCAUCUUAUUAAACAUCAAAGAAUUCAUACAGGGGACAAACCUUAUAAAUGCUUGGAGUGUGGAAAGAGCUUUAGUGUCAGUUACACCCUUACAGUGCAUCAAAGAAUUCAUACAGGGGCCAAAUCUUAUAAAUGCUUUGAGUGUGGAAAGAGCUUCAGUGACAGUGGCUCCCUUACUACACAUCAAAGAACUCAUACAGGGGACAAACCUUAUAAAUGCUUGGAGUGUGGAAAGAGCUUCCAUCGUAGUAACUCCCUUACUGCGCAUCAAAGAACUCAUACAGGGGACAAACCUUAUAAAUGCUUGGAGUGUGGAAAGAGCUUCAGUGAGAGUGGCACCCUUACUGGGCAUCAAAGAACUCAUACAGGGGCCAAACCUUAUAAAUGCUUGGAGUGUGGAAAGAGCUUCAGUGAGAGUGGCACCCUUACUACACAUCAAAGAACUCAUUCAGGGGACAAACCUUAUAAAUGCUUGGAGUGUGGAAAGAGCUUUAGUCAGGGUAGUUCCCUUACUGUACAUAAGAGAACUCAUACAGGGGACAAACCUUAUAAAUGCUUGCAGUGUAGAAAAAGCUUCAGAAUCAGUGGCCAUCUGACUUCGCAUCAAAGAACUCAUACAGGGGACAGAACAUGAAUGCUUGGAGUGUGGAAAGAGCUUCAGGCACAGCAGUCACCCUUUCUCACACCAAAGAACUCACACAGUGGCCAAACCUGGGACUUUUGACACCAACAAAAUUAGCCAUUUAAGGAGGGUGCUCUCCUUUGCAGGCCCUCAAAUUACUGAGGAACUCUGGCAUGUUGGCUUGUGUGUUGUUGUGUGAAACAGCAUACAUUACGUUGGAGUUAAGUUGAGCAAGAAAACGUCUUCAGAGCAUGUUAAGAGUCUUUAUUAAGACAUUAAGGCCAGAGGCUUAAGAGUAAAUACAUGUAGAGAUUCUUCAGUCACCCCCCCCCCGUUCUGGUACAUCUCUCUCCAUAGAUGAACACAAAAGACAGCCUCUCAGCUCAGAGGCAUAAUUCAGAAGAGCAACAACUCACAUAGACUCUGUUACAACUUUCCCAGCUGUUAUCAGAUGGCUACCAUAGCAACGGCCCUGGCCGUCCGUUCCCAGACAGGACAUAGACAUAACUCCCUCUUAACCACAGUUACGUCUUCACACUUGCAGGCUUCAUGGAAAACUUUGGGAAGAGGAGGAGGUUCGGAGGAAGAAUGAGUGUUGUAUUUUAACCCUCAGAUAUGUACAGGGAAAAGUACUGCAACAGCUGAGAGAUACAAAACAACAAGGGAAUCCUCUUUAGAGAGUGGUGGCACAUCUUCUGAAAUUGGGAGAGUGGUGCUGCCCUAGGGGGGACUGGGUUUCCACUUUCCUGUGUUGACAGGGGAAUAAUCUGCAGUAAAUUGAUGUUCCUAUGCCUUUUUAAAAACUUUCUCCCACAAUGGAGCAAGUAGCUCCUGAUUCAAACGGUGGUCUGGGAGCUGUUCCAUAAAUGCAGGCUGUCUAUUUCUCUUUUAGGGAUGAGGAAGGUGCUUAGCAAUGGGCUUCUGCUUCACCAUCUCUUGCUUGUAUUGUUUAUUCUAACUACCACAUUGGGAACAGAAUUUCUACCAGUGGGGUUAUGUUCUUUCACUUAGAUCUUAUUGCGGUCAACAUACAUUUUUGGGUCUCGUGUUCUUUGGUGGGCAAAUGGACCGUAUUGUCUUGUGAUCGUGGAGGUUUGUGUUGAGUCUUUGUCUUGUGACCAUGGGAUUAUUCAAGCUCACAAAGAUUCAGUGAGACACUAGUUUGGAGCUGGGCCCAAGUUCUGGGUCAGAUGUUUGUUGGAAUCUAUGAGAUGAUUGGGAUGCAAGGCCAGUUUUUGUAAUUCGUGAGCUCGGAUGGCCUUGUCUAGAUGUCCGUCUGGCCGCAUGGAUUGAAGAAUCAGAACCAAAAUUUGAAAAAUAAUGUUCAGGAGGUAGUGGAUGAAUGUUGGACCAUAUGGUCCCGGCCGCCUGUGGUUCUGACAUCCAUACAUUGAUUUGGAACGCAAAAUGAGUCAAUCGGUGAGAUGAAUUUGGUUUGAAUUUAUACUUAUAAAAUUCAAAUAAAAUUAAGAAAAUUAUUUGGGUUUGUGUAUAUACUCUGAGGGGAUUUUUGUAACUGCUGUCAGAAUAAGCCAUGUUUUGUUGUCAUUGUAGACUUUCUCUUCUGGUUUUAUCGUUUUCUGCUGUUGCUUUUGGACGCUUGGAAUGCUUAAGUAGGUGGGCUGGAGGGAGUUAAAGGGGAAAAGUUAGUUGUGCUCAUUUCUUGCUUAUAAAGGAAAUUUUUUUGCAAAGGAUUUGAAACUUUGAACUUUUAUUUGGAUUACCCUGUGAAUGUGAACGUAAAUGUGUCUAUGGGUGAACGUAAGAGAUCUAAACAAGUUUUAUUUUUCUUUCCUGUGAAAUCACCAUCAGAACCGGAGUGUGUGUGUGUGAUUGUUUCAUCAAAAGAUCAGGACUGUUUCAUAAGAAUCUGUGUUGUAGUAUUUUGUAACCUGGCUUCACUGCUAAAGGUUUUUUCUUCCUUUGCUUUGUGUGUUUAUCCCAUUAUCGCACCUUAUCGAGACACAAGUCACCCGUGUCUCAGAAAGAAGAUGAGAGCCAAUGGUCACCCAUCAUUCCCUGCAGUUGCCAAUCUACAACCCAGUUUACAAAUCCCAAGGGAGUCUGUCCAGCAAGUUAACAACAUCUGUCUGCUGAGCGGCUGUGGCUCAUCUUUAUUUGCGAUCUGGAGACAGCUGCGGGAAAGAUUGUAUGAAGUCCAAAAAUGUUUAAGAAACUUUCUAUUUUGGUCUCAUCCUCGCCAACAAAGUUGAAGGGCCAUAAAAAUGUCCAUGAAAGGCCAGUGGCGUGGCAAGCGCUCACUGGCAUCCAGAAUUUUCCUGGGGGCACACACAAAGCCUGAGAUUAAUGAUAAGGUCUCAAGAGUUUAACAAUCUGAGACCUCACCAGAAGCAGUGAACAGGUGUUUCUUUCUCUUGCGGCCGAACAAUUCCUUUUGGUCUUCAUUGUGUGAAGCAGAAGGCAGCCUGAAAAGAAAGAAGCUGCAGAAAAUUGGACUCAGAAAUUUUUUUUUGUUUUUGCUGAAAUUGUACUAUAUUGGGACAUUCUCUGAACUUCUAAAAGCAAGAUCUAUGAAUGCUUGGUCUGGGUGAGGGUGUGCAACCUGAGGAUCCGAUUAAGCGUUUGGGUGUUGCUUUUGGGAGACAUGAGUGUGUCCUCUGUUAAAUAAGUUUUGUUAAAUUGGAAAAUGUAUUUUGUUCAUUAGGCUCUAAAUUGUAUAUGUAUUGUUAUUAUUUGUGAUUACCCUGCCACUAAGUCUUACAUACAAUUAGACAAGCCAUUUUCACACUAUGUUUUCAAGGUUGAAUAGAAUGUACCAGGUCCAAAGGAGGGAUAUGUCUAUUAUCAAAAUUAAAUCGUGUUGGGAUUUAGCUAUAGAACAAGAUCCAGGAAUCUUGAAAAUAGAGGGGUUUGCAAGUCAGGAUCUUGGUGAUCCCUGAGGCAAGGCCUCAGGAAGGAAAAAAUUCAGCCUUCCCUCAGGGAUCACUUGGGAAUAUCUUAAUCAAUAAUCCAUAUGCUUAUGAAGCUAAAUGGCUUUCUUUAUAUUCAAUAUCAAAGCUGCAGUAGCUAAGCCACAAGGGAAAUGGGGAAAUAGUACACUGUGCCAGCUAGCUCCAGAAAAGGAGAAGUUGUGGUUAGAGAAAGAUUUCACAUCUGUUAAGGUACAUUUUUGACCUGGAAUCAACUAGAAUCAGAGAGAAUGAGUACGUGCCUCUGUGAAUGUACUCAUUGCAUGUGCUGGAGACCCCUCCUCGUGAGUAUGUUAAUCUCCAUAUGUGAAAAUGAAUAUGCUUUUCUGCCAUGACUACAAUGUGUGUUCAAUAAGCCUCAGGCAGAGAGACUUCCUGAGGUGAUCAGGUGACUGUCACUGGGCACUCUCUCCUGGUGGCCAUCAGUAUCUUGCAUUCCUAAUAAAAC